CAUCCGUCGUCAGACACGAUCUCUGCAGCCGGACUACUUUCUCAGAAGGAGAAGACUUGUAAAAGGAGGGGCGCAUAACCAACAGGCGCUUCUUUAUCAACCUUCUCAUCGCGAAAGAUCCUCCAAAGACGCUCCAGCGAUGGCGGAGGCCCACCAGGCUGUGGCAUUCCAGUUCACCAUAACACCGGAAGGUAUAGACCUGCAGCUGUCCUAUCAGGCCCUGAACCAGAUCUACCUGUCCGGAGUACGAUCCUGGAAGAAACGAGUCAGCCGCAUGCGGAACAGCGUGAUUAAGGGAGUGUACCCCGCCAGCCCUUCCUCCUGGCUCAUCGUUGCCAUAGGAAUCUUGGCCACAAUGUACAUGCAAUCGGAUCCCAGCAUGGGGCUCAUCGCCAAGAUACAGCAGCACCUCCCACUAAGUCUCCACGUGUCCCUGAGCGCCCAGGGCCAGACCAUGGUGUCGGCGCUGGUUUUCAGCACGUUGCUGUGGCUCUCCCUGAUCCUCGCUCUCAGAUUCUGCCUGAAGCUGCUGCUCUCCUACCACCAGUGGAUGUUCGAGCAGCACGGACGGAUCUCCAACACGACCAAAGUCUGGGUGACUCUGGUGAGGUUACUCUCGAGCAGGAAGCCGCUGCUGUACAGCUAUCAAACCUCUUUGCCUCACCUGCCUGUCCCCGCCAUCAAAGACACGAUGAGCAGGUACUUGGAGUCGGUGCGCCCUCUGCUGACCGAUCCCGAGUUCAAACGGAUGACCGACCUGGCCAGUCAGUUCGAGUCUAACCUGGGGAACCGGCUCCAGCGCUACCUGAAGCUCAAAGCUCUGUGGGCCACCAACUAUGUGAGCGACUGGUGGGAGGAGUACAUCUAUCUGAGAGGCAGAGGUCCCAUAAUGGUCAACAGCAACUACUAUGGCAUGGACUUUCUGUAUGUGACGCCAACGCCAGUGCAGGCGGCCAGGGCGGGAAACACAAUUACUGCUCUGCUGCUUUACCGACGCAAAGUCAACCGGGAGGAACUUAAACCGACUCGUGUUCCAGGCACCGUCAUUCCUCUGUGUGCUGCUCAGUGUGAGAGGAUGUUCAAUACAACACGAACGCCGGGAGAGGAAACUGAUGUGCUCCAGCACUGGCAGGACAGCGAGUUCGUGGCAGUCUACCACAAGGGGCGCUUUUUCCGCCUGUGGGUGUACCAGGCCGGAAGGCUGCUGACUCCCAGGGAGAUCGAGUUCCAGAUCCAGAAGAUCCUCGAUGACACUUCGCCUCCAUUUCCUGGAGAGGAAAAGCUGGGAGCGCUCACAGCUGGAGACCGGGUUCCUUGGUCUCGGAUAAGGAAGCAGUAUUUCAGCUCCGGCAUCAACAAGCGGUCACUCGAUGUCAUUGAGAGGGCCGCUUUCUUUGUGACUCUGGAUGAUGAAGAGCAAGGCAUGAGAGGAGACGACCCGGUGGGAAACCUGGACCGCUACGCCAAGUCUCUGCUCCAUGGGAAAUGCUAUGACAGGUGGUUUGAUAAAUCCUUCUCCAUUGUGAUUUACAAGAACGGGAAGAGCGGGCUGAAUGCAGAGCACUCCUGGGCCGAUGCACCAACAGUGGCUCAUCUCUGGGAGUUCACAUUGGCCACGGACGCAUUUCAGCUGGGCUACAAUGAGGACGGCCACUGCAAAGGCACGGUGGACCUCUCUCUACCCUACCCCCAGAGGCUUGCCUGGGAUAUUUCCUCAGAGGUCCAGACCCAGGCCUGUGCCUCCCUGGCUGUUGCUCAGACGUUGGCAGAUGAUGUGGACUGCCACGUAUUUCCCUUCAGAGAGUUCGGAAAGGGAAGGAUCAAGAAGUGUCGCAUCAGCCCAGACGCCUUCAUACAGAUCAGCCUUCAGCUGGCAUACUACAGGGACCGCUGUGGUUUUUGUCUGACGUACGAGGCGUCAAUGACCCGACUGUUCAGGGAGGGCCGGACGGAGACUGUGCGGUCCUGCUCCAAUGAAAGCUGUGCCUUCAUCAAAGCAUUUGAAGGCGGAGAGAGCGAAGAACAAUGCAGGCGCCUCUUCCGAGUGGCUUCCGAGAAGCACCAGAACCUUUAUCGGAUGGCAAUGACCGGAGCUGGGAUCGACAGACACCUCUUCUGCCUCUACGUGGUCUCCAAGUACCUGGGGGUGGAGUCACCCUUCCUUAAAGAGGUUUUGUCUGAGCCGUGGCGGCUAUCAACCAGCCAGACUCCUGUUCAGCAGAUGGAGCUGUUUGACUUGAAGAACUCCCCAGAUUUCAUAUCUCUCGGCGGUGGCUUCGGACCUGUCGCUGAUGACGGCUACGGUGUGUCCUACAUCAUUGUGGGCGAGGACAUGAUAAACUUCCACGUGUCGUCCAAGUACUCCUGCGGCGAGACUGAUUCUCAUCGGUUUGGAGCUCAGAUAAGCAAAGCUCUGCAGGACAUCAUGGCUCUCCUCUCGGCCGACACCAAAACCCCCUCAUCUUCAAAGAGUCAGCCUCAGUCCAAGAAGCUCCUCUGAACCCGUCAUUAACUAGAGCCCACGACAUUAAAAUUAAAAGCACAACCAACAGGUGCUGAGGCAAAGAAGAACAAAGGACCCAUUUGAUGCCCAAACAUUUGAUAAUCCAAACAAGCACUUGUGAACGUGACGUUAUAAGAAAAGUUCAAAGCUCUCUCUGCAUGAAUGGCCUCUUACAGCGGACUUACAGCAGUUCGGCCUUAACAAUUAGAAUAAGAAUGCAAAAAUGCUUACUGGGACAAACGUGACAGAUGGUUUCUUCCAAAGUGGGGGCAAAGCUCAGCACUUUGGAAGGAAGUCUUUAAAAAUGAAGCAAGGGGACAGAGGAGCAGACCUCCCGGAAAUCCUGAAAAGACAUUAAAUCUUAAUAAAAGCUAAAAGCCCAUGCGGUUCAGAGCAAUUUGAUGGUAGCGGUCGUGGAGGUUGUCGUGGAGUGUCGCAGGUUGGCUAGAAAUCAGAAACGGGGGGGAGGGGGAGGAGGGGUGUCUGAUCAAAUUAGACCCAUUUAUUUGUCAUUGUCAGGGAGUAAUGAAAGGCUCUAAUCCUACAGGGAUAUAAAACGUUGUUUUCGUGAUGUCCGUCGUUACCCAUCACCUGAACUCUGGACCGUGCCUCAUCCUGAAUCAAUAACUGACUUCAUCCUUUAAUGUCGGAGAGAAUAUUUCGUCCUAACCGGCGUCUUGUGCUGUUGACCUCAGCAUUCGUUUGUUACUGAAUUACCUGAAAUGCGUCCCAAGAACCUGCAGCUUUAACUAAACUCACCAAAUGGGUUGGAUCCAGCCGUCGUUCCUCACACGGCUGAAUAACAUUUUCCCCACCUCGAGUUGUCUCCCCUUUGUCCUUCGCUGGUGCUGGAUGAGCCGGUCUUUAACAUCCUGCAAGACGAUACCUGUAGAAGUGCUGAAUGGUUGCGAAAAAAUGCCAGCGAAGAUGAAAGCAGUCCGCAAAAGUUACAUUGUCCAAGUUCAUGUUGAAACAGCAUCGAAGAACGUUCAAAAUAUUCGAAAGCACAGUUACACCAGUGUUUAUCUGAGUAGCUAACAAAUUUCCAGCCUCGAGGCCAAGUAACGCAUUAAAAACGUACGCAGGUUUGCAGGAUUCAACGUGAACCAGUUCAUUAAUUCAAGUUCAAACGAAAGACAGAAACUUCGUCGCAUUCCACAAACCGUUCUAAAGGUUUUUCGCCCGAACCAUUGAACCGGGAGUCUCGUUCUCGGUGAGGUGCGGUGUGCAGUGCCUGGAAAGCAGACCAGCUGGAAGACCGCCAACCCCCUUCUCAAGUUCUCCCAUACCGGGCUCAAGAACCAAAAACACAAAUUUUCAGUGCUAUUCUCCUUAAUUUUAUUUUAUUUUAUUUUCCCCAAGCUGUAUUUUGACCAGGUGAUCACUUUAUGUAUAGCUGCAGAUAAAAAGAAAGGAAAGAAGGGAGGGGAAGAAAAAGAAGUAGAUUUUGUAUUGAUUUAUUUCCUUUAUUUUUUACAGUGUAAUGUCAGCUUUCGCGUAACGGUUAGUAAGAUGUUUGUUUUCAUGUGCUUCAGUUGUAAUCUUAGUGCUGUUUGAUAAAUGAAAUGUGAGACUACGUGAUGUAUAACUCCAUUGGUUGUUUUGUUUUGUUUUGUUUGCGUGUGAGCUCUUUCAGUUUCCAAAAUUACUCCACACUUCAAAGACGACUCCCACAUUCAGAACAAAACUGACAAAUGGUGCAGAUAUAAAUCAGGAUAGGGAGCGAGUCAAUGGUAGUUGGAGCGGAAAGGAGGACUGAAGAGAUGAAAGAAAGUCCUUUUCACUUCCUUGCUUUUAGAGUGCACAGUCACACAGGUCGCUAUAUUCCCGGGGGAAGUCAGUGAAAGGGUUUCCCUUCUCACUACCUGGAUUAUAAAAGCCACGGCAGUUUAAUUAGAACACGUGUGCCUCAAUACAAGUAUUCACUCAGUAACGGUUUCAAUGCAAUUUUUACACAACAAUGCAAAAAAAAACACAACUAUUUGUAUAUUUAUAUAUAUGAUCCUUUACUUUCUUAAACAUCUGUGUGUGUGUUUAUAAGAAUGUACUAGAGUUGUGCCAGGAUGUGUUCGCUCAUAGAAGAUAAAUGCAUCUAAUUUUGUGGCAUUAAUCUGCUGCUUCACCUCUGUUUGAUAAAAAAAAACUUUACAUUUAGAGAUUGUUGACCUCUGUUAGUGAAAACCUCACACCGCAGUGAUAUCUACUAGAUUACUUCUCGAGAUUACACCGUUAGCAGCAGACCCCUUGACUUCUCUCCACUCGUGACUUUUUCUGAUAAAGAGAAACUGGGACAUUCUUACUCUUGUGUUUUUUCUUUUUUUUUUUUCUUUUUGGUGAUAACAAAAUAAGAGAGAACAGUCGAGGUCAUGAAAUAAACGUUUACUGUGAGAACAAAAAAUCGCAAUCACUCGUGGCCUCUUUUGUCUUCCAUAUGUGAGAGGAAUAUAAAUAAGCAGGAGCUUAUUAAUUAGUUAAUUAAUUGCUUGAAAAUCUAUUCACUUCAUACCACAGCCUGCCUGAAAUAAAACAUCAAGUCAGUCAAACGACCUUGUGCCUCAGUUACUCUGCAACAUACAUGAUUAUGAAAUAAUGUGCCACGGUAUUAGGACUACGAGCCUUUUUAAGAAGAAGCUAACAUUUAGCAGCCGUUUGUUUCUUCUGACUUUAAGCAUUAGCGUGUUGGUUUUUUUUAUUAUUAUUGUUUUUGUUUUUCCAACUUAUUUUUACUGAAAUCUAUUUUAUGAGUCGGUCUUGUGUUUACUUUUCCUGGUGUUUUUCGAGACGACGCUAACGUUGCCACGAUUUUUCAUGCGUCGUCUUUAUCUUAACAGAUGUUUCUAAAUGUAAAUUCUGGACUUCGUGGAAGGCCUUUCCCAGAUGUUUAUGGCGUUUAAAUUAAAGGUUUACCAAAACCUA